CUGUCACUAUUAAAAUCUUCUUUCUCAUACAAUAAAAUUGCCAUAAAAAGCUAAAAACAAUUAAAUACAGAGUUUCCAUUUCGCGAUUGUUCCCUCUUUAUUCUUUAACCUCAAAUAAAUCCUCUUCGGAAAUUCCUCGCCGUCGUCUGCGAAUUUCUUUCUCUAGAUCUGAGCUUCAAUCUUUAGUCAAUGCAAAAUCUUUGGAUCUUCAACUCCCUAUUUCGAUACACCUCAGCUAGGGUUUCGAGUCCGUACUUGAGUGAAAUGCUCGCCGAUUUAUUUCCGAGGUUUUUCGUGAACUAAAUAUCUACGUAGAAAAUGCACGUGUACGGCGUGAUUCUAGGGCUUUGUUGUUGAAUUUGUGUAUUUAAUUUGAUGCAAAAAAGAAAAAAUUGCAUUUCUCAGCUCGGGAAUUGAGUUUUUCAAGUUUCCAGAUUGAUACUAUAAGGUUUUCGAAACUUUUGAUAGUUCUUUAGUUACAGCUGUCUUUUGACUUAUCUAGUAAACGCAGUGACUUUCACAUUGUUCCAUAUAUAGGUUGCAUGUGUGGUAAUGUUUGAACAAUUGUGUCAGUGAGGUCAUUUUUGAAAUUAGGAUGAUGUUGUGACGAAUGGCGUUGAAGUUACCUGCUGCUGAAGCAGCUAAGGUUGCGAUUGAGUCGAUAGGAUGUGGAUAUGAUAUAUCAUUGGACUUGAGGCUCAAGUAUUGUAAAGGUCAUCCGGGUAAUAGGCGUUUAAUUGAAAUUGAUGAAGACGAGGGCCGGGAGGUUGUGCUUCCUGGUGGUAUUUCAAUCCCUAAUGUGUCAAAAUCUAUCAAAUGUGAUAAAGGAGAACUCACGAGGUUUCGCUCUGAUGUUCUUUCUUUCCAACAGAUGUCAGAGCAGUUCAAUCAGGAAGUAUCCGUGACUGGUAAAAUUCCUUCAGGGCUCUUCAAUACUAUGUUCGAGUUUUCUGGUUCUUGGCAGAAGGAUGCAGCAUACACCAAGACCCUUGCUUUUGAUGGUGUGUUCAUCACAUUAUACUCUGUUGCUCUUGAAAAAUCUCAAAUGGUGUUGUGCGAUUAUGUUAAAAAGGAAGUUCCAUCAACAUGGGAUCCUGCGGCAUUAGCAAGGUUUAUUGAAAAAUUUGGUACUCAUGUCAUUGUUGGUAUAAAGAUGGGAGGAAAGGAUGUAAUAUAUAUGAAACAGCAGCACUCCUCCUCCCUUCUCCCUGCAGACGUGCAAAAGCGUUUGAAGGCAAUGGCAGAUAAGAGGUUUUCAGGUGCAAAUGAACAAGGCGGAAUGGGAUCUGAGCAGGCACAUCAGAACGAGAAGUUUGAGAUCAGGGAGCACCGGCUAAGGUUUGCUGAUCCCAACAUAUCAGGUUCAUAUACACAUAAGGAGGAUACUGUUAGCAUUUGCAAGAGGAGGGGUGGAGGUGAUAGCAGAGGCUUGACGCAUAAUCAGUGGUUACAAAGUGUGUAUCAGGAGCCUGAUGUGAUCUCAAUGUCCUUCAUCCCUAUCACCUCACUGUUGAAUGGCAUCUCAGGAAGUGGAUUUUUGAGUCAUGCUAUAAAUCUGUACUUGCGCUAUAAACCACCAAUUGAAGAGCUUCACCAGUUUUUGGAAUUUCAGCUGCCAAGGCAGUGGGCACCAAUCUUCGGUGAUCUUCCGCUUGGUCCUCAGAGAAGGCAUUCAAAUUUUGCAUCUUUGCAGUUUAGUUUAUUGGGUCCCAGGCUUUAUGUGAACACCACUACGGUUGAUGUUGGCAAGAGGCCAGUGACUGGACUCCGUUUGUACCUUGAAGGUAAAAGGAGUAACCGCUUAGCUGUCCAUUUGCAGCAUCUCUCAUCUCUUCCUAAAGUCUUCCAGCUUGAAGAUGAUCCAAACGGAAAUUUUCAUCGAGAAUCAUAUGAUCGCAAAUACUAUGAAAAAGUUCAAUGGAAGAACUUUUCUCAUGUCUGCACUGCUCCUGUUGAAUCUUAUGAGGAUCUUAACAUUGUUACUGGAGCACAAUUGGAAGUUGGGGAUUGCGGGUUUAAAAAGGUCCUCUUUCUGAGACUCCGUUUCUCGACUGUCAUGGGAGCUACUAUGGUAAAGCACCCGGAGUGGGAUGGUUCCCCUGGGUUGGCCCGCAAAUCUGGACUGAUAUCAACUCUCAUUAGCCAGCACUUUACAUCAGUUCAGAAGCCACCUCCAAAGCCAGCUGAUGUGAACAUAAAUUCCGCCAUUUACCCUGGUGGUCCUCCCGUUCCUGUGCAAGCCCCUAAGCUCUUGAAAUUUGUCGAUACUACUGAGAUGACGCGAGGACCACAAGAACCUCCCGGUUAUUGGGUUGUUUCCGGUGCAAGGCUUAUGGUUGAGAAAGGAAGGAUCUGUCUGAGGGUCAAAUAUUCCUUGCUUACUGUAAUACAACCCGACGAUGAAAUACCAGAGUAAAUGAGAAUAGGUUCUCUUUUAUGCUUUAGACAGAAAAUCAAACUCUAGAGGGCGAAGUGGCAGCAUAGUUUGUUGCUGACUUUCUCGAUGUUGAACCACCUGUUGUAUAAAACCUGGUGAAAGUGCCUAAAAAGGGGAUAGGCUACUGUUCUGUACUUUGUAAUGUUUGUUCUCUCUUUUGUUUCAAGCUAAAUGUAAAUCUUGACAAUGUUGGUUGUAAUAUAAUUUUAACUUAUUUUCUCUCAAA